UCCGAACGAUCUUGACAUAAUCUCAACGAGAAAACCGCAAUCGAACCAGAUAUUUCAGUAUCUUACUUCGAUGCUUCGGUUCCUUUACUGUAAUGUCUCAAUAUUUAAAACUCGUAUCAGCUCUGAUCGUCAUCCUAGCCGUCUAUUGGUCCAUUUUUCGAACAGGUCAAAAACUCGAAGAAUUGGAGGAAAAAUGGUGGGGAGACAGUGGUGCAAAAUCGACAGAAAAUCGUGAAAUUACCAAAACAAGAAUCGAUGUUCCUAGUGAGGUGCUUCGUGAUCUUCAACAACGCCUCGAGAACACCAAACCAUUUCAUCCGAGUCACACAGGAGUCGCUCAACACUACGGUAUCACCACGACUGUUCUCAACUCCGUUCUUGAACACUGGAGGACCAAGUACAACUGGACAGAACGCCAGAACUACCUGAAUCGCUAUCCGCAAUAUUUUGUUCAGAUCCGUGGACUCAGGAUUCAUUUUGUGCACAUCAAACCACAGAUUCAACAAGGAACCAAAAAGAUCUUACCUUUGAUGCUGUUGCACGGAUGGCCUAGUAGUUUUUCUGAGUUUUAUGAAGUCGUUCCCUAUCUAGUAACUCCUCAGAAAGAUAGAGACUAUGUUUUUGAAUUGGUUAUACCCUCGUUACCUGGAUUCGCAUUUUCACAAUCUUCCAGAAAACCAGGACUAUCUUCAGUCUACAUCGCACAAAUAUUCAAAGAUCUCAUGGAGGUACUUGGUUACCAGAGGUACUACGUCCAUGGAGGCGAUUGGGGCAGUACCAUUGCCCAGCACAUGGCUCAUCGGUUCCAAGACAGGGUAAUAGGACUACACUCGACCAUGUGUUUUAUAAAUAGUCCCAGAGCAAUGUUUAUGUUCUUUAUUGGGAAAUACUUGCCAUCUUUGAUUUAUGACAAUGAAGAAGUAAAGUUAUGCAACUCCAUCGCAAACUCAUUAAGUUUUAUUAUCAGCGAAACAGGAUAUUUUCAUUUGCAAGCGACUAAACCAGAUACUGUUGGUGUGGCCUUGCGUGAUAGUCCAAUGGGUCUGGCAGCUUACAUGUUAGAAAAAUUCAGUACUCUAACGAAUGCAGCCUACAGAGACCGAGACGAUGGAGGCCUUACCGAAAAAUUUACUUGGGACCGUCUUUUGGACAACAUUAUGAUAUACUGGGUGACUCAAAGUAUGACCAGCGCCAUGCGAAUCUACGCCGAAGCCUUUACCAAUAGGAACCUGGAAGUUGGAUCCUUCAAUUCAAUGAGGAUCGAUAUUCCAACAGGCUGUGCUAGAUUUCCGUACGAACUCUUGGUCAGUCCAAGAUCGAUUUUGAAGGAAAAAUUCCAGAACUUGAUACAUUUGACGUCUUUUAAUACUGGAGGACAUUUUUCCGCUCUAGAAGAACCGAAAUUACUAGCUAACGAUAUUUAUGCUUUUGUUAAUAAAGUACAACAAGAAAAUGUUAACUAAACGUGCCAUAAUACUCCAUCCUAUUAAAAUUGUACUUAACUAAUGAAAUUAAAAUAUAAGUUAUUAAGUUAA